UGUUCAUCCAGCGCACAGCUUAUCCGGAGGGCAAUUUUCUGAAAAAAUGUCAGGUGAAACUUACGAGCAAGAGCUCAUCGCCGCGUACCCUCUUUGGUCGAGAACUAUUGCAUUGUUGCGUCCAGCGCUCUUCUAUGGUUCGACUUUGCCCUGACCUUCACGACCGAAGUCCGGCGCAUAUGGAGACGUAGAUUCACAGGGGCAACGCUCGUGUACCUCUUCACGCGCUAUACGGCGCUCUUGGACCGCCUAUUCUUUGCAAGCGAGGUUUUGUUGUGGAACUCUAGCAAUAGGACUUGCGGCGGGAUUGAGCGUGGGGAUGACGUUAUGCUGCUCCUCAAUUACCUCGCGUUUGCUGCUUUCACGACCCUCCGUGUGUACGCUGUCUGGGGGCGAGACUGGAAGCCACUGCUGCUUGUCGUUCCCUUGACACUUGCCAAACCUGUACUGCAAAUUUACGAGGCCACCCACUACAGCCCGGUGCAGGCCGGAGCACCGUUUGGCUGUCUCCUUGGGUGGACGAUUUCGGACGCUCUACUUACGAAAGUCACGAUUAUUGCGCAAGCCACGACGAUCGCAGCUGAAGCUAUCCUCAUCGGCCUUACGUGGAUGAAGACAUUCGGCAUUAAUCGAGAUUCAUUAAGGCUUGGCGUGCGCACACCGCUAGCGACGCUCCUCCUUCGGGAUGGCACAGCUUACUUCAUCAUCCUACUCCUACUUGAAAUCGUCACACUCGUCACCAGCAAUAUAGGUUCCCAACUGACUGUGUGGAUGGUCUGGCCCUACUUUUCGCAAGUAUUCACCGUCAUCUUCCUGUCGCGCUUCAUGCUCGACCUCCGUGGGCUCUAUUUCGCCGAUCGCGCGCCCCGUGUCCACGGCGGACCCAGCGCGCCUGCUGGCGCUGAGUCCACCUUCUCCGUCAAGAUGUCCGACAUUCACUUCAACAUCUCCAGAAUCGUCGGAAACAUGGGCGCGACGCUCUCGCACCCAGACAACACGUCUAGCAUCUCCUCGGACGCCUCGGGGUUCGCGAGCACCCUCGACGUCGAGUCGCGCGCCGCGCAUGUGGAUGGGAUCAAGGAGGUCAAGCGGAGUGGGGAGGGCGACGGAUGGUACGAGGACGAGAAGCCUAUCUUCGUGAGCGAUCCGUUCCGGGAGGGUCUGCGGCCGCCUGUCAUGGUAGACAUUGAGCUAGAGGCGCCCAUUAGCCCCUUGAGCCCGGCAUCAUACCAGGACGGGUCACAGGCAUCCUCAUCGCAAGUUUUCUCGCAUCUGUGAGACCACAAAGGUCUCGGAAAAAGGAUGACGAGAAUGGAGCAGUCGUUCCAAAAUGUACAACAAUGUGAUCCAAUACCC